AUGUUUUGGUUUAUGAUAUUUUUAUGUUCACUGAAUACUAUCUUAACUUCAUCAUCUACAGACGGAUAUAUAACUUAUGAUAAUCAAUCCAAUAUAAAACCUGUUACCCAACUUGAAGAUGUGCUCCAUAGUUUGAUUUCUUACCAGGGUCCUUCAAAUCCAUCUUGUUUCGGUUGUAAAUUUUUAGUAUGGUCAGCUAAGACAUUUAUAUUCGAUAGUAAAUACUAUGUCCAUGAGCACAUAGAAGUGACCUGUAAAAAUUUGAAAAAUCUCUAUACACCUUGCAAACGAAUAUUGACUGAAUUUCUAGAUUUCGCUUACGAUUUAAUAUACAAUUAUUCUUCAGCUGAUUUAUGCGCAAUUGCUGGGAUAUGUUCAAACCCACCAAAGAUCAACUUUUGUCCAGUUUGCUUGUUGGGUGUAGCAGAGGGCAAGAAUAUUCUUCUAUCUGAUGCACUUGUUACAGAAAUCCAAUCCGUAUUAGUACACGCGUGUGAUAACCUAAAAUUAGAAGUACAAUGUACUCAGUUUCUUGAUAAAUUCUAUCAAGAAGCCACUGAUGUAGUUAAACAUAUAUUGGAACCCCAUUUCGUUUGCGAGACUGUUCAACUGUGUAAUGCUACUCAUGUAGACGGAAUGAAUUAUGCGGACUUUAUAUAA